GCGGGUGGUGCUGCACUCAGAUUACAGAAUGGAUGAAACAAACCAUUCGGUGUACAACGACAUCGCCCUGGUGCAGCUGCAGGAGGCCGUGUCCUUCUCUGACACAGUGAAGCCUGUGAUACUGCCCAGCCCCCGAGAUGUCUUCAGCCCCGACACUGAGUGCUGGGUCACUGGAUGGGGUGAUGUAGCUGAGGGCACACCGCUGGGUGGGAAGCAGACUCUCCAGGAGGUGCAGGUCUCUCUGAUUGAUGAUGUCACAUGUCGUCGGAUCUACCCCGAGACGACUGACCGCAUGCUGUGCGCCGGUGACCCAAGGGGAGGAAAAGACUCCUGUCAGAGUGACUCUGGUGCGCCCCUAGUGUGUGUCCUAGCAGGAGAGGAGAGGAGGUUUGUGCAAGUCGGCAUUGUCAGCUUUGGGCAGGGCUGUGCUCGUGUGGGAUUACCUGGAGUCUACACACACGUCCUCAGCUACACACAGUUCAUCAGGGACAUCAUUCAAGAGACAGAAUGCAACGAUCUUCCACCUUUUGAAGCGUGUUUUCUGUAA